AUGUUUCGGAUCCGACAUGGGAUCCGAGACCGUCGGAAUCCAAUGGGAUCCGUGUAUGGGAUUGUUCGACCUGGGACGCUUGAGCCAACAGAAAAUGUACCAGUACCAGAACAAAUGGCUUUACAACUUGAAGCUUUGCAGAAAGAAAACCGACAACUUAAACAAACGUUGAACUUGCGAAAUGUGGAAAAACUCGAAACAAAGGAAGAAAUAAAAGAUCUCAAGUCUGAGAUUUCACAAUUGAAGAACUUGAUUUCGAACGUGAAUUGCCGAUGCUCUGCAUUUGAGAAGAAACACGGUGAAUACAAGCAAAACAUGAAAGCAGCUUUUGGUCAAGUAGAAUUGGCUUUAACUCAAUUACAAAAUAGUUUGAAAAAUUUCCAACGAACAAUGGAAACUUAA